CUAAACAGUGGUGUUUCUUAGGCACUACUGUGGGCUCCCCAGUACAAGGAGAGAUACAGGAGUUCCAGCAUAGAACCCUAUCCCACAUGGCCCCAAAUGCCUGUUUUCUUGAUGUCAUGAAGGAUUUCCUGGGGGAAUGGAGGAACAUAGAUUUCAUUGUCCUGUAAAUGAUCACCAGUGAAGAAAGUGUGUCGCUUCACCAGUGGACCUGACGCUAUAUGUGAGGGAGAGAUUUAUUUCUAUUUGUGUUUUUUCUGAAGCCAUUGGGCAAUUAACAAUCAGAGUUACUGUCAUUAAUAGCUUGGAAAUUUAGCUAAUUUGAGGGGACACUCUUCCUGUGGCCUUGGGCUAUUUACAGUUUUUCAGUCUAUGUAAAGCCCUUGACAGUGAAGUGGCUGCAACCAAAGCAUAUUUAAGCUGGCGUGUGUGUCAAACUCUGCUCUGACCCCUCCAUGGAGUGAACUAUGAGUAUUUAGGGCCAACAUGCCAGGAAACUGUGCUGUGAAAUUGUCAUUUCUUUGUUUGAUAAAAUAAACCUGAACAGCAAUGUAGGGCCAUUCCCAUUACACAGAUGGGAAAAGCAAGUCUUUGUCUGAGCUUGCCUGGUUAAUAAGUGGCUCACCAGGCAGCCAAGAGAAAGAACAAGAUUGUGCAGUUUGUCCAGUGCAGGCCCCCGUAUUUUCCGAAUUAAGCGUGAUGGUUGCAGCCACUCAGCACAGUGUCUGCGAGCUUGCUGUUCACUUGGCAGAUCCCCGAAGGCUUGGCAGCUCAUGCCUGAGAAUCCUUAGAUUCUGGAGAUAGGGUCUGAUGCGUCUCUCCAGGCAAGAGUUAAGCUUUGCAGCUUCCACAAGCGGCCUCACUCAGUGCUCAUCCCUUCCUAGGUCUGCAGAGCUGUCAUUUUCACACCUGCGUCCUCUCCUUCCUCAUGCUGCCUCCUCUGAUCCUGAUUCCUUUUCAGCCUCUCUCUCUUCCAAGUUGGAACCCUCCUUGCUUAUGUGUGGAUGCCAAAGCCAGCGGCUGAGCUUCGUCUGCAGCCUCGGGCCCUUUUCAGUCGUAUGUUCAGAAGGACUGAAGACGUAGUGGAGGAGCCAUGGUUCUUUCUGCCCCACAGGCUUCCUUCAAGGUGUGAAGUCUGUUUUGCCUGUCUCAGCGUAGAACACAGCUUUACUUUCAGGUCUUGUGGGAUUCUGACUGGCUCAUUUAACAUUUAGCUGUGCACAUACUUCAUUCUGACAUCUCCUGUGAUUCGUUCUGGAUCCAGCACAGUUUCCCUUCCAGUUAGGCACUUGCUGUGACCAUGAAGGAAGCAAAUGCAUGGAGUGGCCUUUAAAAUGAGAUGGAUGAGGGUUGGGCUCAGAAAUAGUAGCACUGACUUCUUUCUAGAGAAAUAUCUUUUAUUGAAGUGCAUUUAACUCAAGUUAAUAGGUUACUAUAGCUAUUCUGGUAAAAAUAUGUAGGUUAGCUACCAGGUACCCAUUUUUCUGUCUGUCUGUCUGUGUAUCUGUUCAUCUCCUUGACACUUGGAGAUGUGUGUUGAAGGGUUUCAGAUAACAUAGCAUAUCUUAUAGCAUUUGCUUUCAGUGCUCAAAUACAUGUGGCAGUGAAUAGACCUAGCGGGACAGGUGAAAGUUGGCAAAACUCAAGCAGACCACAUGCACCACAGUGUUCUCUACUUUCAAAUGUUGAAGAUUUUCUGUGAUGUUUUUUUUUUUUACUACGUUUGUAUUGUCACAUCCCCAUCGAGUGACAGAAGAUGCCUGCCAUUACCUAGCACAGCUGGAGGAAGGGCGCAUUGCUGAUCGGCACCUCUGGAAUCCAGUUGGGCAGAUGAUCAGUUGGAGAUCGCAACCCUGAAUCAGGCAGAUGCGGAUCUGGAGGCUUGUCGAAACCAGAUUAGUAAGGACAUCAUUGCCCUUUUGAUGAAGAAUCUGGUCAGCGGUGGUCACCUCUCUCCGCAAACAGAAAGGAAGAUGGCCGCUGCUUUCAAAAAGCAGUUUCUGCUGUUGGAAAAUGAAAUACAGGAGGAGUAUGAGCGGAAGAUGUUGGCACUGACGGCAGAGUGUGACCUAGAGAUGAGGAAGAAGACAGAAAACCAGUACCAGAGGGAGAUGGUGGCCAUGGAGGAAGCAGAAGAGGUGUUGAAGAGAGUUAGCGAGAGGUCUGCUGCCGAGUGCAGCAGCCUUUUGCGGACCCUCCAUGGGCUGGAGCAGGAGGACAUGCAGAGGUCCCUUACUCUGGACCAAGCCGAGGACUUUGCUCAAGCACACAGGCAGCUGGCUGUUUUCCAGAGGAAUGAAUUACACAGCAUCGUCUAUACCCAGAUACAGAGUGCUGUCUCCAAAGGGGAACUGAGGCCUGAGGUGGCUAAAAUGAUGCUGCAAGACUACUCUAAAACACAGGAGAGUGUAGAAGAGCUGAUGGACUUCUUCCAGGCCACCAAGCGAUACCAUCUCAGCAAGAGGUUUGGCCACAGAGAGUACCUGGUCCAGAGACUGCAGGCCAUGGAGACCCGGGUGCAAGGGCUGCUGAACACCGCGGCUACCCAGCUAACAAGCCUCAUCCAUAAACAUGAGAGGGCUGGCUACUUGGAUGAAGAUCAGAUGGAAACGCUAUUGGAGCGUGCACAGACAGAAACCUUUUCUAUAAAACAGAAGCUGGACAAUGACUUAAAGCAGGAAAAGAAAAGGCUCCACCAGAGAUUAAUAACCAGGAGGCGGCGAGAGCUUCUGCAGAAGCACAAGGAGCAGCAGAAGGAGCAGGUGUCCCUUGGCGAGGCCUCCAGCACCGCGGAGGACGCAGUCCAGUACCUGCACCAGUGGAGGAGCGUGAUGGCCGAGCACACCGCUGCCCUGGAGGAGCUGCAGGAACGUCUGGACCAGGCUGCCCUGGAUGACCUCCGGGUCCUGACUGUGUCGCUGUCGGAGAAAGCCACGGAAGAGCUGAGGCGCCUGCAGAGCACGGCCAUGACACAGGAGCUGCUGAAGCGCAGUGCUCCCUGGCUCUUCCUGCAGCAGAUCUUAGAGGAGCACAGCCGGGAGUCUGCGGCUCGCACCACGCAACUGGAGGCAGAGGAGAGGGAACGUGGCCAGGAGCUGGUGCAGGGCGUGAGGCAGAGGCUACAGCAGGAUGCACUGGAGGCCUACACGGAAGAGCAGGCAGAGCUGAGGCACUGGGAGCACUUGGUGUUCAUGAAACUCUGCUGUGCGGCCAUCUCAUUGUCUGAAGAAGACCUGCUCCGGGUAAGGCAGGAGGCACAGGGCUGCUUCAGCCAGCUGGACCGGAGCUUGGCCCUCCCCAGAGUCCGUGCACGAGUGUUGCAGCAGCAGGCGCAGAUGGCCUGGCGGGAAGCAGAGUUUCGGAAACUGGACCAGGCCCUGGCUGCGCCUGAGCUGCAGUCCAAGGCAAGAAAGCUGCGUUCCAAGGGCAGAGGCAAGGCCGAUCUUCUGAAGAAGAACCUGGAGGAUAAGAUCCGACUAUUCGAGGAGCGGGCCCCUGUAGAACUGGCUGACCAGGUGCGAGGGGAAUUGCUCCAAGAGAGGGUCCAGAGGCUGGAGGCCCAGGAGGCGCACUUUGCUGAGUCACUUGUGGCUCUGCAGUUCCAGAAGGUGGCCCGGGCUGCUGAGACCCUCUCAGUCUACACCGCCCUGCUCAGCAUUCAAGACCUGCUGCUGGGGGAGCUGAGUGAGUCGGAGACCCUGACCAAGUCAGCCUGUGUGCAGAUCCUGGAGUCCCACAGGCCGGAGCUGCAGGAGCUGCAGGAGCUGGAGAGGAAGCUGGAGGACCAGCUGGUGCAGCAGGAAGAGGCCGAGCAGCAGCGGGUCCUGGAGAGCUGGCAGCGGUGGGCGGCCGAUGGACCUGGGCUGAGCGAACCUGAGGAGAUGGAUCCUGAAAGGCAGGUCUCUGCCAUCCUGCGGCAAGCCCUGAACAAGGGCCAGAAGCUGCUGGAGCAGCAUCAGCAGAGGGUGAGAGAGGAGUGGCAGAACGGUGCGGUGCUGGAAGAUUCUCUGGAAAGCAUUGAAGCUGACACCAUGGCCAGCCUUUGCAGCCAGGGACUGAGGCUGGUGUCAUACCUCUCAAGGAUGACAAUGGUACCAGGCAGCACACUACUGCGACUCCUGAGUGUGGUGCUUCCAGCGGCUUCACAGCCUCAGCUACUGGCCCUGCUGGACGCAGUCAGUGAGAAGCACUCCGACCACACAGCUGAGAAUGAGAGCAGUGGUGAGCAGGCUCAGGCAGAGCAGAGCAAGAGGAGGAAACACCAAGUUUGGUGGAAGGUUUUGGACAGCAGAUUCAGAGCAGAUCUGGUGAGUCAAGGACUGGAGAGGAUGCUCUGGGCCCGCCAGAAGAAGGAGCGCAUAUUGAAGAAGAUAUAUGUUCCCGUCCAGGAGAGGGUGAUGUUUCCUGGGAAAGGAAGCUGGCCACACCUGUCCCUAGAACCCAUUGGAGAACUGGCUCCCAUCCCCAUCACUGGGGCAGACGCUAUGGACAUAUUAAACACGGGAGAAAAGAUCUUUGUAUUCAGAAGCCCAAGGGAGCCCGAGAUCUCUUUGCGUGUUCCUCCCAGGAGGAAAAAGAAUUUCCUGAAUGCCAAGAAGGCCAACAGGGCCUUGGGCUUGGACUGACCCAGGGGGAAGCACCAGGGGCUGUCUCAAGACAGGUGCAUCUUUCCUCCAGCCCACGUGGGUUGGUCUGUCCGUCUAUAUCAUACAGCUUGCAGUAUACAUAUGCUUGCAGCCUUGACACAGUGCCACGCAAGUUGGCCCUCCGGUGUUCAGGUCCAGUCUCUUUUGUGCCACAGGACACAAACAUACCUUCCUUCUAAGUCCGUAUUACCAUGAUCUAGAGGGAACCCACCUUACCCCACCUUCCUCACACAGACCACUGGCUGUGGCUGGGAUGGGUCCCCACCCCACCCAGUUUAUGUGAGGAAGGUGCAGCUCUCUAUUCUUACAAUGUGUGUUACAUGCUCUGUUUUUCCAUAAAGGGAACUUUAAAAAUGUA